ACGGAUCAGCGACGAACACUAAAGCUUUAUAUUUCUGACGGAUUUGCGACGGAUUAGCGACGGAUUUUUAAAAUAUUAGCGACGGAAUUUAUUCCGUCGCUAAUCCGUCAGAAAAUGCAAAAAAAUAUUUAAAAACCUAAUCCAUCUCUUUCGGGACUCUUUUUGAUUUCAGCCACCAUUUUCCUCUCCUCUCUUCUCCUCUCUUCUCCUUAUCGCUCCAUCCUUCUUCUUGCCGCCGUCGCCGUCGCCGCCUCCAUCGCCGCCGCCACUGUCGUUCCCGGGCUAUCGCGCGUUGCUGCGCCUCUCUGUAGCUGUUGCUGUUGCCGCGGCUGUGCCGCCAUUGCUGGAGCUGCCACCGCUGCCGCCACCACCGUUGCCACUCACCGCCGUUGCAACUGCCGAUCGUCGCCACUCCAUGAUUUUUGAUUCUCAUUUUCGAGAAACAAUACCAAAUAUCAGCGAUCAACAAAUUGAGCAAAUGCGAGAGCGAGAACUGGCUAAUUGGUUAAAAGACUAUGUGGGAAGGAACGAAGUUGAUAACUGCAUUUAUCAAAUAGCUCAAGGGCCCAGCCGAAAAGUACAAUCAUAUAAAGGAUAUUUUGUGAAUGGAUUUAAAUUUCAUCGACAUGAUUAUGGCAGAGAGCGAAAAACAUUAAAUAGUGGUGUAUGGGUCAAAGGAAGUUGUUAUAAUGAAUAUGAAAGUGAUUACUAUGGCUUGCUGAAUGAGGUAUUAGAAUUAGAGUACUUUGGAGAGAAAAACAAGAUAAUCCUUUUCAAGUGUGAAUGGUUUGACACUAAUAGAGGGGUAAGGGUCCAUCCUCAACAUGGUCUUGUGGAAAUCAAUGUCAAAUUAAGGCUAGCAUCAUCUGAUCCAUUUAUUUUAGCUCAACAAGCUCAUCAAGUUUGCUAUAUUAAAUAUCCUAAAAUCAAUAAAGUCAGAGUUGACUGGUGUGCGGUUUUCAAAACCAAAGCUAGGAGCACUUACAAUAUUGGACCUUCCAUGGUUAACAACAAUUCAAAUGAGCAAAACUCCAAUGAUGUUGCUUAUCAAGAGGAUGAUGUCUCAAGACCUCAAGAAAUUGUACCAACAACCGAACUUGAUGAUCCCACAAUGUUACUUGAUUCAAGUAGUAUGGUUGAGGUGGAUGUUAAUGAAUUGCAACAAGUGCAACAACCACUUGAAGUGGUGGAAGAUGAAGAUGAGGAUGUAGAGGAAGAGGAAGAGGGAGAGGAUGAAGAAGAGGAAGAAGACACUGAAGAGUCAGAUGACGAUUUAGAAGUUGAUGGUAUUGAUAGUGAUGAUGAUGUCAACUUAGAAGAUGAUUCUGAAUGAUACAUUGUAAAAUGCCUCGAAGAGCAGUAUCAUCUAGAGGUAGAGGACAUAGCCAGCAGCUCUCUAUGAAUGAAACAAAUAAUCCAACUGCAGAUUGUACUUCUCUAUCAGAUGAUUCAACAAAUUCAUAGAUUAGUUUUUAGUUUUAUGAAUAUUGUUAAGUAUUAUUCAUUUAUUUUAAAUUUUAUGACGAUUGUUAAGUAUUAUUAUGAACAUUGUUAAAUAUUAUGGAUUUAUUUUA